AACUCUCAACUGUCCAUUUAAGAAUAAUCAGCAGUCUUCAUUCUUCAUUUCAUCCCAUUUGUUGAAGGGUUAGACUUGAGAGCUCUACAAAUAUAGUAGUUUGUUUAUGUUAUGUAAAGUAACCAAAUACACAUAAAGUGUUUGUGUUUGUGUUUGUGUUUGUGUUUGUGGUGAAAGCAUAAACGAUUAUGUCCAACUCCAGGGUAACUCUGAACUCAAAACUAACGGUUGUGUCAAGCAAGCCCGUUAGUUCGGGUAAGGUUCAUGCCCUAUCCGCGCUGGACCAAGCCAUGGCUUCCCACACUCUCCACGUCAUUUUCUACUACGAGAAUGAGGACAAGUGGUUUGAGUCCUUCGAUUUGGACCCGCUGAGGGAAUCCUUGUGUGAGGUUCUGACUCUGAGCCCAACUUUGACGGGCCGGUUGGGCCCAGGGGUGGAUGGUGGCUGGGAGGUUAAGUGUAACGAUGCGGGCGUGAGGGUCAUAAAGGCCACGGUGGAUGCCACCCUUCAUCAAUGGCUCAGAUCUGCCUCUGGAUCGGAGGAGAAGCUUCUCGUUGCUUGGGAUCAUAUGCCUCCUCAUCACGAUCCUUCCACAUGGCCACCCUUCCGAAUUCAGAUAAACAGCUUCGAAGGAGGAGGUGUGGCCAUAGGGCUAAGUUGUACUCACAUGCUGGCAGACCUAACUUUCUUAGCCUCCUUCUUCGAGUCAUGGACCCAAGUUCACCGCCACGUGCCCAUCACCCACCCCACUCGAGUCGCUCCACUCCCAAAUCACGCGCUCCCACACGCAGAGUCUCCAUCUCCAACAAACGCAACCCUUCCCACAGCCACCUUCAAGUUUCCCGGUUCAGCCAUUAAGCAACGCCUCUCCGACCUCCGCCACACGUGUCCCAACGCCACCCCCUUCGACCUCCUCGCCGCUGUGUUCUGGACGCGCAUAAAAAGCGACGGCCACAUAACCUUGUGCACCGACUUCAGGGCGAAAGAGUCGCUUCCUCUUGGCUACUUGGGCAACGCCAUGCGUUUCUCAAGGGUCUCGCGGAAAGUGGAGGGAGAAGAACUGGGGCAUGUGGUGAGUGCUGUGCAUGCCCACUUGGAGGAGGAAAGUGAGGGAGGGAGUAACUACGAGUAUGGGGCUGAGUUAACAUGCGUUUGCAUGGAGCACUUGCUGACCCGUGAGGGAGACCAAACCUCGUCGUUGCUCUAUGCGCCCUCGUUUUGCGCUGACGAGAAGCCGCUUCAUGUUUCGUGCCGCGUGGGGAAUGUGGGGAGUGGUGGUUUGAUCCUCGUCAUGCCUUCGAGAGAAGGAGGCUUUUCAAGAACCGUGACCGUGACGCUGCCGGAAGAGGAGGAACUCGCUAAACUAAUCAAAGAUGAAGUCAUAUUGGAAUUGGAGCCAGCCAUGGUUCUUUCUGGAUCUCUCCAAGGACAAAGUUGAUUUUCUUUUUUCAAAUCACAACAUGUUUGUGGGAGUCAAAAUAAUUGUUUUAUGUUGUUUGGUUGAUGGAAACGCCUCAAGGCUAAUAAAAAAUCUCUUUCAAUAAUCA